AUAAUUUGUUGUUAUGAAUACUGUAAUAACAAGUACUCCGAAUGAAAGUUUCCGAUUGAUAACAAACAAAACAAUAUGAAAGAAGGGGAUGUGAAGCCUAUAUCAGGCGGGUCCCGUUUUCUGCUUUAAUUUCAACCAUGUGGCCCCAAAAUAUUAUGAAACAAAUUGCAGAGGAAGAAGAAUCAGGUGAACAACCUGAAUACUGGUAUGAUGAAUUUGGAUUCAUUGUAGAUGGAGAAGACGGUGCGGAACCAAACAGCAGUAAACCGAGGGGAGUUCCGCUUAUGGAAGACCCACAGCAUAAAUUACAAUGGCAAGCUCAUCUUGAGUUUAGCAUGAAUUCUGACGUGGAAGACUUGUCAUGGGAUAAAAUUGGACACACAAUUCCUCGAUCUGAUAAGCUUACAAAACUUGUUCAGGGAGGUAUACCACAUAGUAUGAGAUCUGAAAUAUGGGCUCGUCUUUCUGGAGCUUUGCAUAAAAAGAUGACAAGCAAAGUUACAUACAAAGAAAUAAUCGAAGCAAGCAUGGAAGAUGUUAAUCUAUCUUCAAAAGCAAUUGAAAAAGAUCUUUUACGAACCAUACCUAACAAUGCAUGUUUUUCCAACAUGGACAGUUUAGGCGUUCCUUGUCUUCGCCGUAUUUUGAAGGGUUUGGCAUGGUUGUAUCCAGAUAAUGGUUACUGUCAGGGCACAGGCAUGAUAGUUGACCUUCUGCUGUUCAUGGAGGAGGAAGAUGUUUUUUGGACAAUGUCAGCUAUAGUUGAAGACCUUGUUCCUGCGUCAUACUUCAACACAAACUUGAUUGGGUGUACAUGCUGACCAGCGUGCGCUCCGUCAACUUUGGUCCAAUUCAUUCCGUCUCUGGAUAAGCUUUUAUUAGAACAUGACAUUGAAAUAUCUCUCAUUACGAUGCAUUGGUUUAUGACCAUAUUAGCAGGCGUAAUUCACACAAAAAUUUUGUUGCGUAUAUGGGAUAUGUUUUUUCUUGAUGGUUUAGUUCUUUUCAAGAUUGUAAUCGGCAUGCUCAAGCUAAAAGAAGAUGCAUUCACAGGAAUUGAUAACUCUGCUGAUAUUUUCAACAUGCUUUCUGACAUACCAUCAUUGAUCGACGAUGCUGACCAACUUCUCGAAUGCGCAGAAGAUGCUGCUGGAUCACUGACAAAAAUUGUACUAGAUACACAUAGGAAAAAGCAUCUGGCCUUUUUAAUGUCUGAACAUGGGACACAAAAGACUGCACAAGUUGAUAUUCCAAGGAAACAGGCUCUUAGGAGAAGAACCUACUUGGGUCGCCUAAUAUUUGGAUCAGCGGUUGAUGGUAAAUUUGAGUACCAGAAAGCUAAAAAUAUAAAACAGACUGAACUUGUUGCUGAUUUACGUCAGUCAAUCUUGUCUAUUAUGAAACAUUUCCAAAGUUGCCAAGAGAACCAAGAAGUCACUUUUGACCCAGAUUAUUCUGUUAAAAGUCAUCAACAUGAUAGAGACACUUACAUGAAUGUUUCUCUUCAACGAAGACAGCGUGCUAAAGCAUUGCUCAACUUUGAACGUCAUGAUGAUGAUGAGCUAGGUUUUCGUAAGAAUGACAUAAUUACUGUUAUCAAUAUGAAAGAUGAACAUUGUUGGGUCGGUGAAUUAAACGGUCUAAAAGGUUGGUUCCCAGCUAAAUUUGUCCAGUUGUUGGAUGAAAGAAGCAAAGUUUACACAAAUGCUGGCGAUGACACUGUUAAUGGAACUAUUACAGAUUUAGUCAGAGGAGGACUGUGUCCAGCAAUGUCUGCGAUAUUCGAACAUGGAUUACGACAUCCGGUAAUGCUGGGAAAUGCUUGCCAUCCAUGGCUUUUCAUAGAGGAAGCUGCAAAUUAUGAAGUUGAAAAGGACUUUGAUUCUGUUUUUUCCAGGCUCGUGCUGUGCAAGACAUUCAGAUUGGAUGAAGAUGGUAAGGUUCUCACACCUGAGGAAUUACUUUAUAGAUGUGUACAAGCUGUGAAUCAUACACAUAAUGAUGCUCAUGUGCAAAUGGAUGUCAAAUUUAGAUCUUUGAUUUGUUUGGGUUUAAAUGAGCAAGUGCUCCAUCUUUGGCUUGAGAUACUGUGCUCGUGUACCCCUGUUGUAUCCAAGUGGUAUCACCCCUGGUCAUUCAUCAUGUCACCAGGUUGGGUACAGCUGAAAUGUGAGUUGAGAGUUCUGGCUCAGUUUACCUUAUACUUGUCACAAGAUUGGGAAUUGCCAAAAAAAAAGGAAUCAAAAGAGACACUAAAGACUGGAGUUCGUGAUAUGUUAGUGAAACACCAUCUGUUUAGUUGGGAUUUGUGACAUGUAUUUCAAUUACAUUAACAUGGAGACUAUAGUACAUACAAGCUUUCAUAAGCAAGAUAUUAAAGCUUAAAUGCAAUAUGAACAAAACUUUAGAACUUAAUUGCCAAAAGCUGUUCUUGCUCCCACUAUAUCAACUGCAUAUAAUGUUUCUGACAGUGCAUUAGUCAUGUCAUAUUGAAAUACCUUUUAUAUAUAACUAUUCUGGAUAGUAAUAGGAGAUAUUCAAACAAGUCUUGAUUUUAUAUCAUCAACACUCUUAAAUGAUCAAUAGUAACUAAUCAAUUGUUAUAUAAAUAAAUUAUUAUAUGGCAAAAUGAUUAUCUUGUCAGUUCAAGCAAAUUAACCACCAAUCGAAUUCCUGUAUAUUGCCUUUAUUGCAAGACUCCUUAUGUUGGUUGACACCUUUGUUGAAUAAAACCUUGAUGGUAAGUUGAAAUUGUUGAGCAAAUUUACCACUUCUGCUGCAUUCUUCUCAGACCUUUCUCUUGUAUAGAUACAUCAGUUGAGGUGUUCCUUUCAAGCAAAGGCAUUCCAUCAUUAAUCGUUCCACCAUUACUCUCAAUUGGUUGUUUUACUUACCAAAAUAAUUAACUAGUUUAAGCAUGUAUGGUUGUUUGUCUCCUCUCCUCUCUCCUGGAAGAAUUGUGCAAGAUAAAUAUUAUUUAUUUUUUGAUUUAUCAUGGUCAUUUUGUAUUUUAGAUCUGCACAAUUAAUAUUCCAUUUGCACUUGUUUUGGGUUAUCACUUAUUUUGCCCUCAUCGUCAACUUUUGUAGUAACUUCUUGUAUACUUAAAAAAAAUUGUGUGUUUACAUUAUUUGUUUCCUUGAGUUUGGUGCUUAGCAUUUAUACACAACUCUUUUUGUCAAACCUUUUUUCAGAAUGUACUACUGUUCCAAUGGGGAUAGAAUGCAUCAAACUUGUUUGCACAUCUUUUUACAUUUGUCAUGAAGCAAUGAAAAUUUUUUUUUCUGAAGAGCAUUUACAAUCGGGCCAAACAUGUUUGAGAAUAUUUCCUAAACUGCAAAUGUAACUUUAAUAAUAGUUGGUACUCGGAAAUUGAAUUGUAAUUUACUGAAUUGAGUUGAUUCAAAAUCUCGUUCUUGUGUUUUAUCAGCAGAACGGGGCUUGGAUUUAUGCUGUAUUGUUGAUGACAUUUGAAUUAGUCUAGUUUUUGUAAGUGUAAUUUAUUUUUCUUGUACUGUAGUUUGUAGUGUACUCGUAGUGAAUUCCUGGGAUUUUUGUGCAUUAACGUUAUUGGGCUAAAUGCAAUAAAUAUUUUACAUCAA